AUGUCCACCGCUAAAGCCAAGGCACAUUUAUACUUAUUUUGUUCAUCUUUUCUCAUUUUAUUAACGCAGUGCAGGUACAUUUUGAAACAGCAUCCCCGCAAGCUUGUCAAGUCCAAGGCUGUCGUUGAGGACAAGGACGACGAAGUCGAGAUUGUCCCCGGCCCCUCAGAUACCAACGUUACGAUGGGUGGGUGUGAUGGCCCCUACGCUAUCACUGCAGCUGAUACUAUGGCUGUGGACAACCUCUUUGGUGACGAAGAAGUCAAGGACGCCACUUCCUCUCCCAAAGAGAAAGGCAAGAAGCACGCUGCCUCUGGUCCCAAGACCCCAGCCAAAUCCAAGCGUGCCGAAACGGUCAGCAUUCCCUACGAUGCUGUUCCAGGCAUGGACACUAACAGUCGCGAAUUUCACAAGGCCCUUGUCAUUGAGCAUGCCAAAGGCAGUUGCGCCGGCGACAAACGCCCUCGUACUGAACCACCCUUUAUCAGUGGCUUAGCAGACCUUCAGUCUCGUCAAAACGAGUCUGCCAACUCCUUGCUCAUCAACAACCCUUUGUACAGGGAGAUCUUAGCGCACACACAUGCGGCUGUUACCAACCGCAUGCCAGCUUAUCCCACCCUUGCUUAUUUCAAGCAGCAAGAGGUCGAUCUUCGUGAACGUGUUCUUCUCAGCAUGCAGUGCCUCGACUUGGAGCUUCGUCUUCGUGAUGUACUUGUCGCUGAUUACGAAAUUGCCCUUGCCCAGAUUGCUGAGCGUGAAGUAACUAAGGAGUAG